CUGUCGGACCUUAACAGUGUGACAUCCUGCGGAAGUAAACAACACAAGCGCUAGUAGCAUUAGCUGUAUGCUCGUGAUGAAUUAGCUGGAGGACGAUAUUGUAGUCGCUGCACAGAGAUUUAUCUUGUUUGUAGUUAAACAACAAUGUCUUCAGUUGAGUCUUUGAGAGAGUUUGUCAACGAGCGACUAACUGCUGCUGCUGAAGAGAUAUUCAGAGUUUUUAAAAAGACUAUCUUCGAGUACGAGGAAGAGAUCGAUCGUCAGCGCAAACUGUUGGAUAUCGUUUGGAAACCUGAAAUAAAGUUACACAGGAUAGAGCUCCCACAGCAACAUGUCUGUAAGGAGGAGGAGGUUCUUGCUGACCAGCAGCUCUGUAUUCAGGAGAGGAACUCCAGUCUGGACCAAGAGGACCCAGAGCCUCCACAGAUUAAAGAGGAACAGGAGGAACUCUGCAUCAAUCAGGAGGGAGAGCAGCUUGAAGUGAAGCAAGAGACUGAAACCUUUAUAUUGACUCCUACUUAUGAGGAAAGUGACCACAGUGAAGAUCAGACUCUGAAAUUUAAUUCUGAUGACACUUUAAGUCCAGCAGAGAAAGAGUCUGUAGUCAACAUGCCAGUUAUAAGCUCUGUGGUAUCAGAACCAAACAGUGACCACCAGCUCCUCUCUCACAACUCUCAUGUAGCUGAGAGCCAAGAUCAGAAAGAAGGCAAGAAUGGAGACUCUGGAUCAACUAAUAAUGCAAAACCAAAACGAAAGAAAAGAUAUCGCAAAGGCAACAGCACUAACAAUAUAUCUAACCCUACUGUGUCAACGAUUCACCGUAAAACUCACACAGGUAAAGACGUUUUCCAAUGUGUCACGUGUGAGAACGUUUUUAAGUAUAAGUCACAAUUGCAGAGACACCUGAGAAUCCACACAGGUGAGAAGCCGUUUUCUUGCAACACGUGUGGGAGAAGAUUUAGUCGGACAUCAACAUUGAAUGCUCAUAAAAGAAUCCACACAGGUGAGAAGCCAUUUUCUUGCACCACCUGUGGGAAAAUAUUCGGUCAGGUAUCAACUUUGAACGCUCAUACAAAAACACACACAGGUGAGAAGACACAUUCUUGCACCACCUGCGGGAAAAUAUUCGGUCGGAAAUCCCUAUUGGACGCUCAUAUGAAAGUCCAUACAGGUGAGAAGCCACAUUCUUGCAACACCUGUGGGAGACGAUUCAGUCGGAGAUCACUAUUGAAAGCUCAUAUGACAAUCCAUACAGGUGAGAAGCCAUAUCCUUGCAAAACGUGUGGGAAAAGAUUCAGGUGGACAAAACUAUUGAAGGUUCAUUUAAUAAGCCAUGCAGAUGAGGAACCAUAAUUGCACACCUUUGGGAAAAGAUGUUUGAAUUGGAAAGGCAUAACAGGAGUACAGACAAAUAGCCUUCUAUUUGAACACACACAAGUCCAAAUGCAAAUGAAUGCAUCUUUUUUUGGAAAAGUUUUUUUCAGUUCACAUACAUCCAUAAACAGGACAAACCACCAACCCCUCUGUAUGAGUGUCCUCGUACUAAAAUAAAUACCCUUUUGUAAUGGCAACAUCUUUGUAAAUAAAGCAUUUCCUGUUAA